UCUCCCACAUAGAGAGUGCCCUGAGGGCUCACUAUGGGGUUCAGGACAGUGGUGAUCUGGGGCUGGGCUCGCUGCUCUCCCUGGUGGGUCUGUUCCAGAGGCAGCAGGGUCUGGGCAUGGCCGGAGGCCUCAGCCUGGUCUGCUACCAGGCGGCCCUGUUCUCCAACGAGCCCAGGGGAGAGGUGGUGGUGGGUCGUCUGGGGGAGGUGUCCCAGGCCCAGGCCCUGGCUAGCCUGCUGAGCUGCCCCCUGCUGGAGGAUCUGGGCCAGUGGAGCCUCUGGGAGCUGGUCUUCCGGCCUCUCCACGGCCCACUCAGCGACUUCAUCGACAAGCACGCAGCGAACACAGACCUGGCAGCCCUGGAGGUGACCCCAGGCUCACUGCUCAGGGUCACGACCUCUACAGGGGACAAAUUCUUCUCCCAGGCCGCCAUGACCCUUGACCCCGUGGGCACAGCUGGACACCUGGUGUCCAUGGUGGUGGCUGAUGGAAUCAGGAACGCCCCCACGGCUCUCCUGGCCAAUCACAUGGAGAGCUCUCUCGCUGCGGCUGUGGCACGAGUCGACGUGAGCCUCUCUGAGGAGGAUGACGCCUGCUUCGGUACCGUGACCCGCUUCCUGCUGGACUGUCUGGUCCGUAUCCCCAUCAGAACCUGCCAAGCCCUGUUGCAGCAGGUGUUCCUGGAGCCUCUGUCUCGGGUCCUGGGCCAGGCCAAGUCUAAAAGCGUCCUGCUGCGUUCGGCCCGGUCCGAUCCGCGCUGCCUCAACCGCCUGCAUCAUCUGGGCAUCGUCCUGGGCAUCACGGAGUGGGCGAGAGACUACCAGGACAAGCUCACCGCUCCCCAGAGCCCGUCCCGCCCGGACACAGUAACAGAGGACCUUCGGGAGGGAACCCCAGUGCAGUCUGGGAGCUUUAGUCCGACACCUCCCGAUACCAAAGAGGAAGAGGUUGCCCCAGAGGCUCCAGUGGACUACAGUGCUAACUCCUCCCACCCCGAACAGAACCAGGAUGAAGCCGAAGAGGAAGAGUCGUACGAGCUCACCUCGGUGCCUAACGGCCACGCGCAUGACGUUAAGCACACUCCUGGAGACAUGGAGGAACAUACACUGGACGCAGAGACGCCAUUGGCUGAGAAUGAAGGGACCGAAGGAUCUAGUAGCCAAUCAGACACGGAUACAGUUAACUACCAGAAGGCCGUUAUUGAUGACAUCAGAAAGAGUGAGUUUGGCAUCGGGGUGGAGCUGAACGCGGAGGGGCAGAGGCUGAUGAUGGUGCACCAGGAGAGGCUAGGCCGCAGCCUGGACAGGCUGUCCACCGAGCUGUACAGCAAGGACACACACUUCGUGCUGGAGCUCAUCCAGAACGCUGACGACAACAGCUACCAGCCUCAGGGGGGCGCUGUGGCGGCCCUGGCCUUCCUGGUGGACCGGGCCUGCAUCACGGUGCUCAACAACGAGACGGGCUUCCAGGAGAAGAACGUCCGGGCCAUCUGUGACGUGGGCCGCAGCACCAAGGGCAAACACAAACACGGAUACAUCGGCCAGAAGGGCAUCGGCUUCAAGUCUGUGUUCAAGGUGUCCGACCGGCCCGAGAUCCAUUCCAACGGGUUCCACCUGCGCUUUGACAAGACCAGUGGCCCCAUGGGAUACAUCCUGCCCCAGUGGGUGGAGGACCAAUCACCCUUGGACCCACCCCUGGCGGGCCCCCUGGCCCAGCACAGCUGGACCACUAAGAUCUUACUGCCCCUGCGUCCAGAGAACCAGCAGACCAGGACGCUGUUCCACGACAUCCACCCCUCCCUGCUCCUCUUCCUGCACCGCCUGCGCUCCAUCGUCAUCCUCAACCCGAGUGAGAAGCGAGUGGUGACCAUGACUCGUCGAGACCUGAGCCACAACAUUCUAGAGGUGGAACACUCGGACGGAACGGAGCGCUGGCUGGUCGUGAAGCGCACGCUCCAUCCCACAAAGGUCAGGGAGGAUGUGGAGUCCACAGAGCUCGCCCUGGCCUUCCAGCUGAAGCGGCAUGACACAGGAAGUGACAUCACAGCCCUGCCCCAGAAGCAGCCUGUGUUCGCCUUCCUGCCUCUCCGCAGCUUCGGCUUCCGCUUCAUCAUCCAAGGGGACUUUGACAUCCCCUCGUCCAGGGAGGACGUGGACAGGGACAGCUCCUGGAACCAGUGGCUCCGCUCCGAGAUCCCCCAGCUGCUGCUGCACGCCCUGGGGGUCUUCACCGAUCACCCAGAGUUCAGUGGGCUGAGUGGGCUAUGUCACUUCCUGCAGUUCGUGCCUCUUCCUGACGAGGUGCUGGACUUCUUCAAACCUGUCGCCGGGAAGAUUAUACAGCUGCUCAAGGGCAAGGCCUUCCUACCCACCCUCAGGAAAGACGGAGUUGUGGAGUACAAGCUCCCAUCCCAGGUGGCCGUGUGUCAGGACGCAGUGAUCCGCGACGUGAUUGGCGGAGAGGAGCUCGACAGGCACCUGUCCCUGGCCUACCUUCACCCUGGGUUGCAGCCAGCCCCGCCCCUCUCCCUCCUCACACACCUGGGGGUCCGACACCUGAGGGGCUCCGACGUUACCACGGUUACCACAGCGAUGGCCCAGGAGCUGGUGCAGGGAGAAGGGAUUAACUCAGCCCAGGGCCUGCGUGCUCUGGCCAGGCUGCUGGUGUGUAACUUCCGGGCGCUGCAGCAGGGCUAUGGAGAGGCUGAUGCCAUACUGCAGGCCCUCCGAGAGCUACCCAUAAUCCCCCUGGCGGACGGGCGCGUGGUGGCGCUGGGCAGGGAGAGGGUCUUCUUCCCCUUGGAUGACAAGACCAGCAAGAAGACCUCCAAUACUCAAACAGGGUACCUGGGGGUGCUGCACGGGGACGUGAGCGUGGUGCAGCCCGGCCUGCUGAGCUGCGUGGAGCCCCUGGAGCGACAGCAGGUGCGGGAGCUGCUCAAGAGGCUGGGGGUCCAUCACCUGGAGCCCCGGCACCUGCUGCAGCAGCACAUCUACCCUGCCCUGAAGAGCCACGCCUGGAAGUCCAAGCCCGAGGCGGUGGUGGUGAGCUACCUGGUGUUCAUCAAGCAGCAUUCGCCCUGCAGCCAGGAGUUCAGCGACCCGGACACCGCAGUCCCCGUCCUCACCAGCAGGGGGCUGCUCUGCCCCCGACAGGACAGAGUCCACUUCUCGAAAGAGUACGGCAACGAGGACCUGCCCAAAACCCUGCCAGGGUGUGAGUGGGUGCUGCUGAGUGACUGCUAUGUGCAGACCGACGGGGACGUGGCAGGCUGGAGGGACCUGUUCUCCAGGCUGGGCGUCCGAGACCGCCUCAUCAUCCGCAAGGAGAGACGCACACUCUCUGCUAAAGAGCUGGCCUCCAGCCCCUGGGCAGUGGAGAGUGCAUUGGGGCCGUGUGGAGCCAGGGGGCCAGAGGGGGGGUAUGUGCUGGAUGACUACCCCAGCGAGGAGUUCCUGUCCCUGGCCACCGCUCAGCUGCCAGCCCCCACCCUCCUGGAGCAGAGGAGAGCUCUGCUGGAGCUGCUGCACAGCCACUGGGACACAGGUGACCAGUACUCACAGUACCUCACAGCCCAGGUGAUUGACAGCGAGGGACGUCCAAUCAAAGAAACCAAGUCCUCUUUCUCCCACUUCCUGUCCCGCCUCCCGUGGGUCCCAGCCUAUCGUCUGCAGCCAGGCGGGGGGAAAGAAGUCGAGUAUCUUUGUCCUAACUUGGUCUACCUGUUCUCACCCGAGGUCCACAGUUUACUGGGGACCCAUGUCUGCUACGUGGACAUGCAGUCCAGUGACAUGACCAAUGCUCUGGGCAUGAGACAAACCCUCUCAGUGGAGGAGGUGAUUGGCUACCUGAAGAAGUGGUGCGUCAAAUCGAAGCCAACUUUUGGUCCAGAGGAACAGGAAGAGGAGUCCGAAGGGUCAGAGUUCACGUCUGCACCGGAGCACAUCCACAACGUGUACGCCUUCCUGCACAAGAACUGUCCUCCCAGCAGACUGAAGGAGCUGUUCCUUCACAACCCAGCCAUCUUCAUUGAGUACAAGAGGGGCGAGGAGUGGUGUUCUGGAAGGUUCUACCACCUGAAGGAGGUGUGCUGGAGCGACCCGACGGCCAUGUUCGUGCGGUACCAGUCUCUGACCCGCGGGCCAGCCAGCCCCCUGCAGGAGCCCCGAGUCCUGGCCCCCUUCUACGGGCCCCUGGAGGGCAUGAGGGACCUGUUCACACGGCUUUUGGCUGUGGAGCCCAGUCCCUCCAUGCUCCAGUACGUGGGCCUGCUGGAGCUGGUCUGCUCCUCCACUCCUCUGGCCACCGGAGACAUCCUAAAGGACGUGUCUGUCCUCUACGCUGCACUGGGGGAGAAGUGCAAGACCACCAGGGCUGGGGACCUGGAGCACAUCCCUCAGAUCAACCCCAGCUACUGCUCCACUCUGAAGGGCAUGCUGCUGGAUAAGAGAGUGUUCCCCACCAAGGACAACACCUGGGUCGGCCUGGCCAGCAGACCCAUGGUCGCAGACAGCAGGGAGCUGGAGAAGAUCUUCAAACCCUACCGCGAGGUGUGUCUGCUCAGCCUGCCCGCCUCCGACAAGAAGGCCCCCAGGACCGGACCCCUCCACGUCCGGUCGGUGGUGUUCAGCGAGGAGAACCGGGCUCUGUUCCUGGAGGCCUGCGGCGUUCCCCGGCUGUCCCAGCAGGUCAGCACCGAGGCCCAGACGGAGAACUUCCGUCCCUGCCCGGCGCUGCAGGCGCUGGUCGCCUCGGUGGUCCCCUACGUCCAGAGGUUCCUCUACCACCACGAGGAGAUGAGCGAGCUCUACCCAGAGCUGCUGGAGAGCAACAUCGCUCAGAGCCUCCGACAGCUCAGCUACGGACAGGUAGGGAAGCUGUACACUCGCUACCUGCUGUCCCUGGCCGAUGAGGAGGCUCCCAUCGUGGAGAUGACGGAUGUGAUCUGCAUGCUGAAGGACAGGAGGGAGUUCUACAUCCAGAAGGACCACCUCUCAGCCAAGCUGGACAUCUGCAGAGAGCUGGCGACACUCUUCAGCACUGAGACGAACCACAGGAAAGAGCUGGCUCAUUUCCUGAGUGGCCUGAUGACCUCACUAAAUGACCCCGCAGCUCUGAAGAGGUUCCUGCUCAAGGAGGACAUCAGAGAUCUUCCUGAGAACGAGGUGGUCUGGGAGGUUCCCCAACCUGUGGAAGCCAAGCCUGAACCAGUGUUUCCCGGGGGGCCCCAGGCUGUCCGAGCCCCAGAGGAAGCUCCUAGUCCCAGGCAGGAGACCGGCGAGCAGGUCCUGAACCACUGGCCCCCACGCUCCUCUCUCUCCAACGCACCCUCCAACUCCUCAGAGCGUAAGGGGACUGGGCCGCUGGAGGCAGUGUUGAGGAUGUGGCCCCCACCCCCGGGUCCAGAGGACGCCGGCAGAGAGCCCCCCCCAGGGAGGUGCAGCGGUGAGGGCAGCGACGGAGCCCCUGGACCCCCCCUGGGUCAGAGGUCAACCGAUCGCCCAGCUGACGGUAACCAUAACCUACCUCCCAGAGACCACACCCACGCCAGCCACCAGGGUGCCGUUGCAACCUCGGGGACGUCAGGUCCAGGUGUUAAGAGGGAGAGUGGUGUGGAAUCAGAACCAAACACAGACUCUGGAUCGCACCGUACCACAGGAAGAGGAGAACCCAGCGUUGAACCUGAGAGGGAGAGGACUAGUGGUGCCAGAACCCAAACAAACCUGGCUGGCUCAGGAGCGACCAGGCGGGGCUCGGACCCAGACCAGACCAGCCUCCGGAACCCUCCAGAUUCCAUCUUGGUCCCUGACGCAGUGGUCUCCAGCGUGUUCCACGGGGCUGGAGGGGUAGGGGACUGUGGCCAGCGUCCUCCCCUGGCCAUGGACUCCCCUGUGUGGGGGAAGUCCCAGCAAGCACACCCCCUCCUGGAGGACCUGGAGCUCACCUGCCAGAGACCCACCACCGUGGUGUUCUCCGAAGAGCCCCGUGACCUGGACAGCAUCGGCGCAUGGGGCGAGCGGCUGGUCUUCUCCUUCCUCACCCACUGGAGAGACGGCGACGAACCCGGACGCCCCGCCCACAUCACCUGGUCCAACCAGAACGGGGAGAGCGGCCAGCCCUACGACUUCAAGAUGACCUUUGAUCCUCCGGCGGAGGAGGAGGGGGAAGGAGGAGGGAUGACGAGGGAGGUGUUUGUGGAGGUGAAGGCCACCGUGAAGAAGGAGAAGGCGUUCAUCCACCUGUCUGCUAACGAGCUGGACUUUGCGCUGAGGGAGAAGGAGAGGUACCAGGUGUUCAGGGUGUACAACGCCGGAGACGCACAAAAUGUCCGCCUGUGUCGCAUCCAGAACCUGGCUCAGCAUCUGCACACCAAGGACCUGCAGCUCUUCCUGUUUGUCUAGGACUCUCAUUGGACGGCUCGAUGACGCUCACUGCAUGUUUUAUUAUUUUAUUGUAUUAUUCGCGUUCCUAUUGAAUAUUCCAGAUUUUUUUAGUGUUUUUUAUUGAUCAACGUUCAGAUCUGUGGAGUCUCUCAUAUUGGAUUGUUUAAAUACAGUUUUACGUUUUAAAAUUUUAUAUGAAACCCUGUGCCCUCUCUCCGUCCACCUGUCUCAUGAGCUGGUAAUGUACUUGAAAUGGAAAGUGGGCCCUCCUGUUCCACUGUACAUAUUUAACCACUUACGUCAUUUGUUCAGAUGAAAAGAGAUCGUUUGUUUUCGAAAAAUCAGUAAUCACAUUUAUACUGGAGAUGACCUGUAGAAUACCUCUUCAUUCCAACCUCAUCUUUCUGCACUGUUUUUGUUCAGUUUCGGCUCUCAAAACAUCCGAAGGUUUAACACUGAAUGACCAGAGCUGAUACUAGCUUAUCACUUGCACCAUUCCUUUGUAACAAUAAAAGAAAGUUUGUG